UCCCUCUUUUUAGAUGUAAAAGCAUCUCCCACAUCCUCCUCCGUCGCAAUCCUUUAAUAAUCAAGCUCUUGGAUCUCUCUCUUUGUAAUCUGAUCACAUCCCUCCCAGAAACCGAGAAAAGAUAUAUAUCACGUGACAUAUUCUUGAAGUCCGAUCGCAACAACCUGUCUUCUCGGGGCCUGGAACUUUCGUUAGCAUGGUUAUGCGAUGGAUGGAACGAGUCCUGAGCAUCUAGGCCUUUGACUGUCGAAUUUGGAUCGGAACAUUGAGGAAUCUUGCUGAGCUGAGGUUAACGUAGUUCAGCCUGAAGGCUCAUUUGAUUGCCAUAUCCGAAUCGGGACAUUGAUGAGUGAGCGCUAUCAGCCUUACCCACAUUUGAUUUUGAUGCACCUCAUACAUCUCCCCUGUCGCUUGCAUGGAUAGCCAAGAAACUUCCUCCAGAUGGCACUGUCAAUUUCAAGAUUGUACAAAGUCAUUUCAGCGAAAAGAACAUUUGACUCGACAUCAAAAGUCUCAUUCCGAUACAUCCCCAUCACAUAUUUGCAGGAUAUGUCAUAAAGAAUUCUCUCGCAGUGAUGGACUGCAGAGACAUCUUGGACGUCAUGGACAACAGUUUAAGAAGCCCAUUGGUCGGAGUAGAAGAGCAUGCGUUGCUUGCCAUUCUAGUAAGAUUAAAUGCGAUGGAAAGAAUCCAUGCUUAAGAUGUGAGAAGAAGAGGAUUCCUUGUCAAUAUGGCUCAGGGCAAGAAUCAUCUGUGGCUGCCGGGGACAGUAGCCGAGAUGAAGUUUCUAUAGGAAAUGAUAGUGGUGAGGAGGGGUCAGAAUCUGUCAUUUCUGAUAGUCUAAAUGGAAUUGCGAAGUCUGUCGGGAGUCGAGGGUCUGGUCAAACAUCCAGUCUUUCUGAGGCAUUUCUUACGGAUCAAUCAUGCGAUGCUACUCAAAUGUUCAAUUCUAGUCAACCAUCCAAUCCACUUCAGACAUUCAAUUCCAUUCCAACAAGCAGCCCUUUACAAGAAUCACGUGGAUCAUCAGCAAACAUGGCAGUAUUUGGCGGUUCGCUUACUGCUGAAAAUUGGAAUUCACUGGCUUUGGGAAGCCUAUCUCAAGGGAUUGUUGAUUGGUCAAAUCUGAGAAUCCAACCAGACGCACCCCAAACUGGAGAAUCGCACCAUAACCCCCUUCUUCCAACCUCCAAGCCCGACUACCUGUGUUCACUGACCACAGAAACUGUCGAAAGAUACCGCACUCUAUACUUUGCUCACUUCCACGAUCGCUGGCCUAUAAUCCAUUCACCAUCUUACGAGGAUAAUGAGGAGGUGCCCAAGCUUCUACUCCCAUCUAUAUUGAUGAUUGGUGGUUGGAUCGACGGAACUCCAACCUCGAGAUAUUGGGCUUUGAAAGUUCACCAUAGUUUGGUAAAGCGUAUCAUUCCACGUCUGUGUCAACAAGAAGAUAUAGACACAAUGAUGCAGCCUCUGCCUAUAGUUUUGUACCAAUGCGCCUUACUCAAUAUCAUUUUAGCAUCAUAUUGCGGGAAGCGUGACGUUCUGGCAAAAGGAUUGGUUUUGCGUAAUCUCCUUGCUGCCUCCAUAUAUGAGGUUGGGAUUUUAACUCCCGGGACUAUCUAUUUAGAUGAUAAACCGGGUUUCUUUCUACCAUUACAUCUGGUUAAGCAACAACAAAGAAGGAGAAUUGCAAUUGGUAUAUUCAAGAUUGAUACAUAUUUCAGUAUCAUAAAGGGACAGCCACUAUUAAUCAAACCAGAGGAACUACACUUCACGGUUCCCGAAACUUUCGCAGUUUGGAAUGCUGAUGGGCUUCCAGUCUUUGAAGUUCGUCGGCGAAAUGAACCGAAAUCUCGAUGCCAGCGGUCAAUCAAUAUGAUGUUUGAAGAGGUGACGCUCGGGACGAUUGACUUCUCGGAGAAUGAAUCUAUGCUGGAGGAUAUCCAAAUGUGUCUUUGGGCCAUGCAGUCACAAAUCUCGCAGCUUUCAAAGCAAGACCCUCAGAAGCGCAACGAGCUAAGUCUAAAUAUUCAAAGAGAAUCGUUGAAACGGCAGCUAGAAUCAUUAAAACGUGGUGCGACGAAACUUUGCACAAGGAUGUCCAGCCGGGUGGUGUUGGAACAAGCGGAUCAUUCUCCCAUGCGACAUUAUUAUGGGAUUGAAGACCAUGACAAGCCCGGAUGGGAAAACAUCGUCUCUAGACGCAUUCACAGAUUCAUAUUUGACACCUCUAUCCUGUAUCACCUGAUGAGUCUACAAGCAUUCACCGAGACACAGACUCUAAGAAUGCUAGCCAAAGAUCCCGCUAUCCCUGACAACAUCCGAGGAUUCUUCGGAGAAGUAUAUUCUCACCCACAUUCCUCACGUGUAUCAACAGCACGCGCAUGGAUUCAAGAACCCAACUCCCGACGAGCAUUAUGGCACGCUAUCGAAAUCCUGCAAAGCCACAAUAAACUCAACAUGACCUCCUCCCUCGUCGACUUCAUCCCCGAUCCAAUAUCCUACAUUGCUCUAGCCUCCGCAGCAUUGGUCAUCUGGGCACAUUGUAUGUACGGUCAGGAAACCUGCAAUCCGGAGUCAUCUGUUUCCAUACCCGUUUCUCACCACGAGGGUAUGUCGAUCGAGUUGACGAAACUAAGCGAGGUGAUUAAUGGUGCUUCGUAUGAUGAAAGGGCCAAGGAGGUUUGGAUUGAGAGUGGUGCUUGUUUUCGAGCUUCGCUUGAAAAUGUUCGGUUGUGUGGUUGUAAUGUUGGGAUUUUGAUGGCUAAGCUACGCGCUUAUAUGCCGCGUGAUUGGGAGGUGGUAGAGGAGAUUGCGCCGAAUGUUUUGAGGGAUGCUUGAUUUUAAGAGUGGCUGAGAAAGUAUUGUCCGGUUUCUCAAUUGUCCGGUCUGCAGUUCCACAAUGAGAGGGUUUUGAAUCUUUAAGAAAUUUUGGAAGAUUGAAUUUAGUCUGAAUGCUAAAAUUAUUUGGAAUAUUCAAUUGUAUUCAAACAUUUGCAAUCGUAUUAAUCUAGCAGCAUAUCAUCCGGAUUCUCUCAAUUCA